AUGUUUUCAAUAAUCCUGAUUGGUGCUUUAAUUGCAUUUACCAACUCAGCUGUAUACAAUGCGCCAUCCAAUCAGUAUUCUUCAGCAUCUGUAGCACAAGCGGCUCCAUCUUUAUUGCCUCGAUAUCUGAAUCCAGGAACUGCUCAAAAUCCGUGGCGAUUUUUGACAUCUAAUCAGUACUUGCCUUUACCAACACCAUCAUCUCCCUCUGCAUCUACUCAAACAUCGUAUGCAGCACCAUCUCCAGCGCCUGCUCCCUACUCAGCUAAAAGCUUGGCACAAGCUUCCUACGCAGCUCCAGUAUCAACACCUUGCACAUAUUCAGCGCCAGCUCAGGCCACUGGCCCUAAGUCAGGAUCUUACGCCGCUUCUAGCUCUGCUCAGGCGUCCUAUGCAGCUCCGCCCCCAACUCGUGACUCCGCUCAGACCUCUUAUGUUGCACAAGAUCCAGCUCCUUCGGUUGAUCCAGCAUCUUACGCUGCGCCUAGCUAUGCUCCAGCUUCUUAUACCGCACCUGCUCCGGCUCCUGCGCCCGCUCCAGCCUCUUAUGAUGCCCCAGAUCAAGCUCCCGUAGCGUAUGCUACUCAGGCCUCGUAUGCUAUACACGCCCUUGCUCCUGCACCUGGUCCAGCAUCUUACGCUGGUCCGAGCUAUACGCAAGCUUCCUAUUCCGCACCUACACCUGCCCAUUCGCCCGCUCCUGCAUCGUACGUAAGCUCCAGCAAUGCUCCGUCCUCUUAUGCUGCACCAGCACCAGCUCCUGCACCUGCGCCGUCAUCUCAUGCGGCUUCUAUCUCUGAUCCGGCCGUUUAUUCUGCACCAGAACCAGCUCCUUCGACUGAUCCAGCAUCUCAGGCUGCGCCUAGCUAUGCUCAAGCUUCGUAUGCCGCACCUGCAGCUGGUUCUGCGUCCGUUCCAGCCUCUUAUGCUGCUCCGGAUCCUGCUCCUGCAUCUUACGCUGCUCCGAUCUAUACUCAAGCUUCUUAUUCCGCACCUGCACCUGCCCCUGCGCCUGCUCCUGCAUCGUACGUAAGCUCGAGCAAUGGCCAGGCCUCUUAUGCUGCACCAGCACCUGCUCCUGUACCUUGCUCUGCACCCGCACCGUCAUCUCAUGUGGCUUCCUCGACUGAUCCAGCAUCUUACGAUGGGCCUAGCUAUGCUCAAGCUUCAUAUGCCGCACCUGCACCUGCUCCUGCGCCCGUUCCAGCCUCUUAUGCUAGCCCGGAUCCUGCUCCUGCAUCUUACACUGCGCCUAGCUAUGCUCAAGCUUCGUAUGCCGCACCUGCACCUGCGCCGUCAUCUCAUGCGGCUUCCAGCUAUGAUCCAGCCAUUUAUUCUGCACCAGAACCAGCUCCUUCGACUGAUCCAGCAUCUUACGCUGCGCCUAGCUAUGCUCAA